AUGGCUCGCCAUGGGGAUACUCGCUCACCAUCACCUGUAGGCAGCACAUAUUCAUCAUCCAGACGAAGUCGCAGAGACGAUGACCGCUAUGAGCGGAAACGAGACGAUGGUCGGAGUUAUCGCAGAUCUCGUAGCCCGGAGAGGCGAUAUCGUGACCGCGACCGAGAUUCGUACCGAAGACGUGACCGCUCGAUAGACGGGCGCGACAACCACCGCGGCGAUGAUCAUCGGCGUCGAGACCGGCGGCGCUCUAGGGAUAGAGAUUAUGAUCGCGAUUACCGUCGAAGGAGCCGAAGCCGCGAUAGGGAUUACCGAAGGCGAGAUGAUUCCCGCGACAGGGUCCGAAGACGGACAGACGAUUCUGCUGACUUGAAGCACAAGUCUAGACGGGACGAUAGCCGAGAUCGGACCAGGGGUUCUACGCCCAAGUCUCGAGAGGCCUCGAAACCUGCCACGCCGACGCGCACGGGACCUACGGAUGAUGAAAAGAGAGCUGAGCGCCUGGCCAAACUUGAGGCGUGGAAGCAAAAGCAAGCCGCCGAAAAAGAACGAAAGCAGAAAGAAGCGGAAGUUGCGGGUGGGCCAAAGAACAUUUUGGAGGCGAUUGAUAGAAAGUCUGGAUUAUCCCCAGCCGUUAGUUCUCCCCAGUCUCCUGCCACUCAAGGCGUUGAUGCUGCCCCAGCUACAUAUGCUGGGAAAUUCGAUCCGAAAGCUAUUGCCAAAAGCGCUGCUCAGGCACCAGCUGCUCCAGCUGCGCCAGCGGUGUUAGGCGAAGAUGUAGCUGUUCCGGCCGCUGCGAAAACCAACGGCCAGUCGUUUGCCAAAGCUCAAGACAACAAACUGUCAACCAAAGCUCCAUCCUCAGCCUCCCUAAAAGCGAAGGGGAGCGUUGGAAGAUUCGGGUUGGGUUCGAAACAAGCAGCAGAUAAUGAGAAGUCAAUUGCAACAAAGACGCUCGGAUUUGGCGAAGAGGAAUCAACUCGAAGGAAACUAGAACGCCUGCCAACACCACCGAUGGACGACACGGAAGCCAGCAAGACCGUGGAUGCGACCGCGGAUGAUGACGACGAUGUUGAUAUGCAAGAGGGAGAAACGGAAGAGGAUGCUGCUGCUGCUGCCCGUGUGGCCGCCGAACGACGAGAGGAACGUUUGCAAAAUGAAGCUCUUGCUGAGAAAACCAACGGCGAUACACCAGCGAAAGAAGAGGUUCCUGAAAAGAUGGAAAUCGAUGCCCAGGAGGAGGAAGAAGUUGAUCCCUUGGACGCCUUCAUGUCGGAACUUGCAGACUCUGGCCCACCGAAAAAGAAGUUUGGCGCCAAAUUUUCCAAAGCACAGGAACCCGAGGCCAUGUUUGGUGAUGAGAAUGAUGCGGACGUGACUGCUGUUGGUGAAGGUGAUGCUGAAGAUUUCCUCGCAAUUGCCAGCAAGGCCAAGAAGAAGAAGGAUAUCCCGACUGUUGAUCAUAAGAAGAUGGAAUAUGAACCGUUCCGUCGGAAGUUUUAUACCGAACCCUCAGACUUGGCUCAGAUGUCCGAGGAAGAAGCAGCGAACUUGCGGCUAGAACUUGAUGGAAUCAAAGUUCGUGGGUUGGAUGUUCCUAAGCCGGUGCAGAAAUGGUCGCAGUGUGGAUUGGGAAUACAAUCGCUGGAGGUCGUUGACAAGCUUGGCUUCGAGAGUUUAACUUCGAUUCAAUCCCAGGCAAUCCCCGCCAUCAUGUCUGGCCGGGAUGUGAUUGGUGUGGCGAAGACUGGAUCCGGAAAGACAAUGGCGUUCCUCAUUCCCAUGUUUCGGCAUAUCAAAGAUCAGCGGCCCCUUGACAACAUGGAGGGUCCAGUCGGCUUGAUCAUGACGCCUACCCGGGAGUUAGCCACGCAAAUACAUAAGGAUUGCAAGCCGUUCUUGAAGGCCCUAAAUCUCCGGGCCGUGUGUGCUUACGGUGGUGCUCCGAUCAAAGAUCAAAUCGCCGAGCUGAAGCGUGGAGCCGAAAUCAUUGUGUGCACCCCAGGACGAAUGAUUGACCUUCUAGCGGCGAACGCUGGGCGAGUGACUAAUCUACGCCGAGUCACAUAUGUUGUCUUGGACGAGGCUGACCGUAUGUUCGACAUGGGUUUCGAGCCUCAGGUCAUGAAGAUCUUGAGCAACGUGCGUCCUGAUCGGCAAACUGUGCUGUUCUCCGCUACAUUCCCACGAAACAUGGAAGCCUUAGCUCGCAAGACUCUCACCAAGCCCAUUGAGAUCGUUGUCGGUGGUAGAAGUGUUGUUGCACCUGAGAUCACGCAGAUCGUAGAAGUCUGCAACGAGGACAAGAAGUUCGUCAGACUUUUGGAGUUGCUGGGUAACCUGUACUCAACGGAAGAAAAUGAAGAUGCCCGGUCGUUGAUCUUUGUUGAUCGCCAGGAGGCAGCAGAUACGCUCCUGCGGGAGUUGAUGCGCAAGGGCUAUCCUUGUAUGUCCAUCCAUGGUGGUAAGGAUCAGAUUGAUCGAGACUCUACCAUUGAGGAUUUCAAAGCCGGUAUCUUCCCGGUUCUGAUCGCAACUUCUGUCGCUGCACGUGGUUUGGAUGUCAAACAACUGAAGCUUGUUGUCAACUACGAUGCUCCGAACCAUCUGGAAGAUUAUGUGCACCGUGCGGGACGUACUGGUCGUGCCGGAAACACUGGAACAGCGGUCACCUUCCUGACGGAGGAUCAGGAACGGUACUCGGUUGAUAUUGCCAAGGCGCUGAAGCAGAGCGGCCAACAAAUCCCAGAACCUGUGCAAGCUCUGGUCGACGCAUUCCUAGAAAAGGUCAAGGCUGGUAAAGAGAAGGCUAGCACCUCCGGCUUUGGCGGAAAGGGUCUGGAACGAUUGGACCAAGAGCGCGAUGCAGCGAGAAAUCGCGAGCGUCGUACAUACAAGACUGGAGAUGAGGGCGAGGAGGAGGAAGAGAAGGAUGAGAAGAAGAAUGAACAGGCCGAAGAGCAGUUCAACAAAGUUAUCUCCUCCGUCCAAUCCACCUCUACACCGCUACCCGGUGUUCCUAAGGGUAUUGACCUUGACGGCAAGAUCACCGUUCACAAGAGAGAAGUCGACCCGAAUGCUCCCAACAACCCUCUCGAGAAGGUUGGCUCAGCUGUUGCGGAUAUUCAUGCCCGUCUAAGCCGUGCGGGAGUAAUGAGAUCCGGUGUGCCCAUUGACAACCGCGGUCCCGAUGCUGGUGCAUUCCAUGCCACGCUUGAAAUCAACGACUUUCCUCAAAAAGCUCGAUGGGCGGUUACGAAUCGCACAAACGUGGCCAAGAUUCUCGAGGCUACUGGUACAUCUAUUACCACCAAGGGUAGUUUCUACGCAACCGGUAAAGAGCCCGGUCCGGGAGAGAACGCCAAGCUGUACAUCCUGGUUGAAGGUGAAACCGAGCUGUCUGUGACGAAUGCGAUGCGAGAAUUGAUGCGCUUGUUGAAGGAAGGCACAAUCGCUGCAGUGGAUAGUGAGGCUCGGGCUCCGGCAUCAGGCCGGUAUAACGUGGUAUAG